AUGUUAAUUUUAUAUGCUAAUAAUUCACCGAAACUAGAACAACUUCCGUUUGAAUUGUUAGAAUUAAUAUUUAUACUUUCACGCAACCCAUUAUUCACACAAGUUUCAAAGAAAAUUCAUCAACUUUUCAAACCGACACUUAGUUUAAAGGUCCGUUGGUUAAUGAAUAUUAGUAAUGGAAAUUAUUUGAAAGCAUUACGUAGAGGAAUUAGAUUCAAUUUUUUUGAUAAGGAAUUAUUAUUUCAUUUAGAUGCAUUAUAUUUGCAACAAUAUCUAAAAAAUAAUCAUCAUGAAAAUUCAUUACCACCAACUUUCAUACCAUACAAAAAUCAACUAAUCCCACAUAGAUUUUUUUCAUUGCCGGAUCCAGAAGGAAAAUUAAUAGAAUUAACAAAAAUAUUAUUAGAUAGAAAAGCAUCACCAGAUGAGCCUGAUGGUUACCCAAUCAUAAAGUCGGUAGCUGUAGGUAAAGAAGAUAUGAUAAAGUUGUUAUUGGAAUAUGGUGCAAAUCCAAAUGUUAAAUCAGGCGCAGCUAUUACCAUAUGUGUAAAAUCUAAUAGAUUCUCUAUUAUAAAUCUUUUGAUUGAAAAUGGUGGCAAACCAAGUGCUAAAGAUGUCAAUAUAGCUAUUAAAAAUGGAAAUUGGCAUUUGGCUGAAUAUUUGAUUUUAUUACCAGCGACUUUAUAA